GAUCUCAUCGGAUCAUCUAGAAUUCCAAACAAUUUUUCAGAGAAGCCAGAUAAACAUGGCACCGAAAGUUCCAGCAGCAAAGAAAGGCGAGAAGCGAGCGGGAAAAACUAAGUCGGCGGCAGUUGAUGGUUCGGCCAAGAAAAAGAGGAAGGGAAAGAGAAAGGAGAGCUAUGCGAUCUACAUCUACAAGGUCCUUAAGCAAGUUCAUCCCGAUACGGGUAUUUCUAGCAAGGCCAUGGGUAUCAUGAAUUCGUUUGUGAAUGAUAUCUUCGAGCGUAUCGCCAAUGAGUCUUCCCGCCUGGCGCACUACAACAAGAAGUCGACCAUCAGCUCCCGCGAGAUCCAGACCGCCAUCAGGUUGCUUCUGCCCGGAGAACUUGCAAAGCAUGCUGUCAGCGAAGGCACUAAGGCUGUCACCAAGUAUACCAGCAGCAAGUAAACAUCGACUCCAGCGUUGAUUCACAACAAAAACGGCUCCUUUAGGAGCCACCACAUGUCAUAAAAAGCAAUGUCCAACGUGUCAGUUCUUUAGUUAUUAACCCCUUCUGCUCCUUUAAUCGCCACACUACACAAGGCUUUCUUUUAAGCUUUCAGAUUUGAGAUAACUAUUAGAUUUAAGAGAAAUAUAUACAUAGAGUUUUUGUGUGUGUGUGGUUUUUUUUUUU